UGUGAAGAAUUGGUGUGUGAAGAUGCUGAUGCUGGCUGGAAGAUCUGCUGAAGCACGAUGUGUGGCAUGUCAAUGUGCACGCGCUUACAAACAGUUCUUCUCAAAACUAGUUUCUUCUGGUUUGAAAUUAAAGUGCAUGAUUUAUCUUUGUUUGUUUUAAUCAUCUCUUAUCUCUUGAUUUUCCAGGUAACUUUUCGGUAUGGUUUUAUGGUUGUGCUCAUGCCAGGUAAGGUAAGGUUCUUAAAAGGUAAUUAGGUAAGUAUGAUGGUAUUGAUGCUUGAUGGUAAGUAUGUUGGUAGCCACAUACUUAUCUCGGAAAGUAGUGGACGUAUUUUGUUCCUGUUUAAAAUUUUGAAAAGAGGGUUUUUGAGGAAGGUUUAUAUCUAUAAAUGCUACCCAUGUGAUGCCGGGACGGGUCGCUAAUCACUUAGAUGAUUUGGUCAUGUGGAGAGGAUAAAUUAAAGCAGGUUGUCUAGGCAAAUAUUCAAGGUAAGAACCGUGGGGUGCGGAGGCCUAAAAUAACGUACCUUGAUCAAAUCGGAGACUUCCCGGCGAAAGGUGAGAUCCUGACGUCUGACGGGGACGUCCUGAAAAUGAAUGAAGUGCAAGAAGUAGGAACACAGAGAUAGUGGUAAGUGGAAGUGUAGCAACCCCUCUGGGAAAAAUCUGAUUACUACUAUUUUCUCAUCACUACUAGUACUUUCACAGACUUUUAUUGUGAGGAUAGUCUUAACUUAAAUGUAGCGCUUGUUUUUGACAAUAAGCGCUCUUUUAGAUGAUUUAGCGCCUUCUUGUCGGAGACAGUUGGCGAUACUGUUUUAGUGUUUUCUGUUUGAUUUAAGUUUUUGUUUGUUUUGUCGUGGUUUGGUUUUCAAAAAGUAAACAUACCAAGAAACAAAUUAAAUAAUUUAUUGGGAAAUGGCCACAACUGAAAUAUUGUCUUCUUAUAUUAUCAAAUUAAAUCAUCCCUUACUGGAAAUCCGUGAAAGGUCACUUAAACUUUUGAUUGCUAAGUUACAUCUUGGCUGGCGACUUGACGAUGAACUUUCUGGCACUCGCCAGUUGCUUGAAGCUUUACUGGAUUGGUUUCACCCUCAAACACCAAGUUUGCAAAGAGAUGCACUUGAAUUACUUCUAUCUACUAUAAAGACUAAAGCAGGAUCCUAUAUUUGCAAAGAGUUUGGUGUGAAGAAAAUACUGUCAAGUUUAGAUCGAGUUAGGCAUAAAAUUGAACCUGAUGCCCUGGAGAUGUAUGAUGAUGUGUUAGAUACUCUUCGGUUCUUGAAUACAGUGCAAUCUGAAGAGAAUAUUGCUAUACCUCCACUUACCUUACCAUCCGUCACAAGUUCUGAAAGUGAAAUCACCUCAGGGAAUGGUUUCUAUGCACUUGGUAAUAAUUUUCAAUCAUCAAAAGAAAGUUCAAUAUGUAAUGAUGAAGUCCGAAUUCAUAAUAAAACCAUAUCACAAGAUGUGGAAGGUAUUAAAGUUGUUCUGUUCCCUUGGGUUGAGUUGUGUGCAUCAGACUCUAAAACUAUGCUCCUAGUGGAAGAUGCAUUAAGACUGUUGAAAUCCACUCGCCGUUGCUGUAGGUUCAUUCGUGAUGUGUUCCUAAGGGACUUUCCUGCUGAAAUAUUUUUGAAUAGACCAUCAAUUAUUAAGAGUUUAUUAUCUAUAUCUGAGGGGGGGAAUGCAGGGAGACCGGUAGAGGCCUUAAAAGUAUUAUUAAAUAUAACUCGUUCUUUGUGUCAAAGGCUAAAGCAGUUAUGUUGUUUAGACUUGAUUCAUGAAGCAAGAAGGAUUUCAAUGGAGCCCGGAGAAUCUGAGGAUAGUGUAAAUGUCGCCCUGGAGCAUAUAGCAAGCGAUGACGGUUUUCUAGACCAGCCCCGGCAAGAAGAUGUCCUGGCAGUCUUGAGGCAGCUCCCAGCACCUAUAUACACACUAGAUACGUUACAAUCUGUGCUGAGCACCAUGUCUAGGAGUAUGUGUGACCCUGCUGAAAGUUCCGAAGUUUUAAAUAUGAAUGAAUUAACUACUUGUAUCAAUUUGGUGGAACAGUUAGUAACGUUAUUAUUAGAAUGCGUGGAUGAAGAUUUCUGGAUUUCCGAUCAUUCCUCUAAAACGCACAGGGAUAUAAGCCACAAGAGCUGUAUGUCCAUGCGUUUACUGGGCGACCUCUUGACCAAAUACAGCAAAAGUUACACAGAGGAUCCGGAGCGCCUCCACCACCGCACGGCGUGGGUGCGCCUGCUGUGCGCCGCCGAGCGCCUGCUGCGCUGGUCGCGGCAGUCCGCCUUGCCGCCGACGUCGCUGGUGGCGGCGCUGCAAGCGGCUCAGUUGGACCCGGCACUGCAAUUGCUCUAUCCUGACCUUUGUAAUAGAGUUGCUUUUGUUUUGCAGAAUGGAAAAACCUCUAGAGAUCAGGAAUACAAAAGAAAGUACAGUGAGUUAACAAAAUUAUUCUCAAGUAUGGAUGACGCUGUGUACUUUAUGAAGAACAAAAACGCUUGCCGCAGUUCCAAAAACGUUCUUAGGCAUAUCCAGAAAUCUUUACCAGUCCUAGAAUUACAUUUGAGUGAGAAUUAUUUGAACGAUGUGGCAGACAUUCUCCUUUGUAAAGUAAAAGACUUUGAUUUAAAUGACAAUGAUUGGUCACUUGCGCGAAGUAUCACUCUUUGUCUCAUGUCUCAUAAUAUUGAGUGGGUAAGAGCGAAGUUUUAUACUAAAAUGGCGGAUAUGGUGAAAGGUGUUCUGAUCGGAGACGAAACCAGCGAAGGCAGUAAUGAGAAAUGUAUAACAUUACUAUGUGACGUCGGAGUACUUACAGAAAUUUGUUGUCAUGGACUCUCUUCUAAGUCAAAGCAGGUGGCGGAUAGUUCAUCAGAUAUUAUGGUGUACUUGCUCCGAGGCAGACUGGUGCUCAGCGAGGGGUGUUGGUGGCGGCUACUGGCCAGCUUGCUACCGGUGUAUCCGCUCCUGCAUGUGUAUGCGGCUCAUGACACUCCCUUAGGUCAAGCAAUAUGGAAAUCUUUAGAGGCGGACAUAGCGGCUUGUAUGGGCGUGCCUGACAGCGAGGUGGCGUGGGGGCUCGCUCGCAUGCUGUCCGUGCGCUGCGUCGCCAUACAACUCGAGGGGGCGCACUCUCUUUGUCGGAUUAUAGAUGACGAUCGAUAUUUGCCUCCAAAAGAAUCUUUGAGAGCUGAUAUCUUACUGAACGCUUUGAAGAGGAUAGAACCGCAAGAUUUUAAUAUAGAUUUUGGUAGCUCACCAUCAAAAACAGUACAGACCACGGGACUAUUACAAAUUUUAGAUGUACUGAAACAAGACAUAAUUCUUAACGAAGAGGGCAUAGAGCAGGUGCAGCGAUCUGUGCCGACCUUGGAGCCAUCUCUAAGACGCAGCACGCUUCAACAGCUGGCUGUGAUGAUGCGCCAGCAAGAGUUCCAUGAUACCUUCGCUCAGAGCGACGGUGUUCAGCUUAUUGUGACUAUAUUGAGAAUGUCCCUGAUGGUAGACGACUAUCUCGCUUACCCGGAGUGCGCAAUUAGCUGCGUGUCUAUUCUUAACAGCGUAUGUUUCGCAAACAGACACAGCUUGUUGAAAAUACCUGAUUUGCCUAAGCUACUAAUAAGAGUUAUCCUGGUAUUUCCUGCAAACGAAUCCGCUGUGGUUCUAUCCGCGCAGGUCCUAGCCCUGGUAGCGUGGUCUGGGUUCGCGCUACAAGAACUGGAUUCAUUGCGGCGGCGAGUGCCGGCCCUGCCUCUCAGCGUCGUGGAAAGAACAUCGUUGCCUUUCAGCUGCAAUAGCUAUUGGCAUACCAGUCCUAAUGUCGAGCACUCAUCUGUUGAAUGGCUGGUGAGCAGCGAAGAAUGGCGGGCGGCCCUCCGCGUGGGGUGGUGGGGGGCGUACCGCGGACCCGCCGCCGUACUGCGGGGGGCGGAGCCUCCCCCCGCGCCGCUCGCCCUCCGCCCCACCCCCCGCGACGUCUCCGCGUUGCGGGCCGCCUGCCCUGUCACAUCCGCCGCUGACGCAUUGCGGAUAUUGGAGAAUGCCACUUCGCAUGCACAAGUCCUUGAAGCGCUAUCUACUUUGGAGAGCUAUGUGCACCUUUUGCCGUCGUCGUCGGCUGACCCGACCGAGUUCGCGUCGCUCCCGUGGCAGCACAUGCGGCGGUUCCUCGCUGCGCCGCCCGCUUCGGCGCGGGACACAACGCUACUCAUAGCAGUCAUGCACUUUCUGAUCGCUUAUAUGGACAAUUUGCGAAAUUAUGAUGUCUCUACUAUGUCCUGGAUAAAAUCCUAUUUCAUCGGGAACGAUUCAAUAGUACUUUCAUUGCUCAGUCGGGAACAUUUGCACCCCCAUCAGACGCCACAAGACAAUAUAGAAGUGACCCAAUUACAUAUACACAUAGUGAAGAUAGUCCUUAGAUGUGUAAUUAUGUUGGAAACUGACGACUAUGAUACGAACAAGAUGGAGAGUCUUAUGAAGAUACUAAUGGCGUGCUUAGAGAAGAUUGAUUUGAAAAACUUUCACAUGCUAGGUUACCUAAACGAGCUAAUGCGUUGCAUCCGCUACGGGCUGAACUCCCGGUACUGCCAACUGUCCGAAAAUACUCUAUUGCAAUGUUUGUCACUGACCACCCGAACGUUGAGUGGUUGCGCAGCCGGCGGCGGCCGAAAGGGGCAAGCUUGCAGACUCGAUGCCGUCCUAGCUUUGCUGGCGAUGAUGAGGCAGAUACAGGAGGAAAUGCUUCCUGUACAGCGGUGGAGCGAAUGUUGGGGUCACGAUGUUAUGCGGACUGUGGUGAAUUGUGCGCGCGGCGUCAACCCACAGUUACGAGCGGCCGGCUUGCUUCUCAUUGCGAUGCUCGCUAGUCAUGCGCAACUGAUGCCACACAUACUGCAGGCGAUUCCCGAAGAAUCCCUCUCGCAGUUUGCCAGCAAUGUAUUCGCGCGGCGGCUCGAAGCUAACGUGGUGCGGAGUGGAGCCGCGCGGCUACUAGCGGCGGUCACUGCGCGCGCUUCCCCAUAUUCUGACGUAUUAGAACUCGACGUACUUAAUCAGCUACAAGAAAACAAUUUUAUUGAGAAUUGUCUCGAGAUUCUUAUAGAAUUCUGCAGCGAAAAAGAAUAUAAAACUACGGUUGAGCCCAAUGUACCACUCACGCUGUUGGAGCGUCGUUCGGAGUUAGAAGUGCGCGCACAGAAAAGCGGCGAGACGCAUGUGUCGCCAUCUAUGCUGACGUUCCGCGGUAGGCCUCCUCCCACUGCAGAGCUGGUGGCUGCGGUGGCUGACGUCAUGCACAACGUCAGCGCCUUUGAGAGAACUCCUGUGCAGGCUUGGAAUGAUCAGGGGCUGUUUAGAUUGCUGUUUAGAUGUGCGUCUUGGUCGAAUGGUUCUCCUGUGCAAAUUAACAAAGUACGUGCGGCGGCAUGUCGCGCGCUUGUUGCGUAUGUUCCACACAAGUGUGUACGCGCGCUACUCGCCGCUACCAAGGAUUGCCUCUAUAGCCUACUUUCGACGCUGACGCCGCUCGAAGAAGAUGAAAGUGACGGCGAUCAUAUAAACGCUCGCAUGCAAUCGUUGACAUUGCUCGGUGCACUGCUCGGCGAGCAUGCAGCUAGAGACAGCGUGUGGGUGGAGUUGAAAGAUCGCUUCGCAGUUCCUUUCUUCAGUCUAAUACUGCAGAGUAUGGAGAGCGAUGAACAUGAUUUCCAAAUGGUGGGCAUGUACUGCCUAUCACAGCUUUUACUAUCAGCCACCCAUAAGAAGUAUCCAGACAAAACAAAAGACAAUUCAUGGAUUGAAUUCUAUGAUAACUUGAAAUCGCCGUUUUGGGGGUCCUCGAGUAACCGAAGCGGGGCGGGGGACGGGGAUUGCCAGCCCGAGUAUAUGGCGGAGGAAAUCUGUAAAGUCGUCAUUUCUUUGUACCAGAAGUCUAGUUUAGAUAUGAAGAAGUUCCAGUGCAGUCAAGAUAGUCAUUGGGUUCGCGUGUGCUCCUGCCUCAGCUCGGUGUUGUCGGUUAGCAGCCGCAGCCGCAGCUACAGCGUGCACAGACAGUUGUCUAGAACUACGCUCGUGAUGCUGCAGGCCGUGAGGGACCAUCUCUCCAUGCUGGGCAAGCCGGCAGAGGCCAUCAGGACUGCUAACAAUAACCCGGUGUUACGCACCCUAUAUUGGUUGCUGACUUUAAUCGACUGUUCAAUGACGAACUGCCUUCCUGCCAAGGAGAUGUUUGCUGAAGACAACCUGUGCGUGUCGCUGUGUAGACUGUGGCCGUGGAGCAUGAUGACCGAGCAGCUCAGAGUGGCGGCCGUACAUCUGCUGGACACGUUCUCCAACGACUGUGCUAAAGCCUGGUCGUCCAUGCUGAGUUGCGUAGGCGGCCGCAACCUGGUGAGCGAGGUGUGCGCGCUGGCGGGCCGGGAGGCGGCGCUAGUGUCGCGCGCGCGCAGCCACGCCGCGCUGCUGCUGUGCGCGCGCACGCUGCGGCGCUGCUCGCCCCACCACCAGUGUCGCGCACUCAUACUGAAGAGCGACGUCCUACCCUGCCUGUACAAGUUAUCAAUCCGCGAGAAGAGUCGCGGCGGUUCAGGCGGCGCGGCCGGCGUGGCGUGGGCGAGACUUUGUGAGGCCCUAGCUCGGCAUAGCGACGGAGCGGCCGCGCUGCUCGCGCUGAGGCCGCAGCUCGCGGCGCUGCCGCCCGCUCUCAGACCACUCCUCCUGCCCGCUGUGGCGCACGCCGCCUCGCAUCAGAGACUCACUUUCUUGCAGUCACCGGAACUCCUGGAGCUGAUAUCCGGCACAUUGUUGGCGGGGGACACGGCAGAAAUAGUGUCUGCAGGCCGCGCCGUGUGGUCUCUCGCGGCCAAUAACCACAAGGGUAAACUGCAGCUCCGCAGCGCGGGCGUGGCGGCCGCGGUGCACUCGGCCGUGCAGCGACUGCAGCGCUCCAACAAGGACCCCGACGCACAGCGCGCUCUACAGUUACUUACAUACACUAACACUAUACUCCAAGCUACCUGACAUUAUGGUAGUUGUCUUCUUAUUUACCAUAUUACACUAAGAUCUGCAUUUAUCAAAUUACCUAUCUAUAACAGGUGUUCAGUGUGAUAGUUUUUUUUAUCGUUCACGCUAUUGUAUUUAGGGGUUGUAUCGGAUGAGCUUUUUGUUCCCGCAGUAAAGCUCAAUAUUACUCAGAGCACUUGCACGCUGCACUUUCAUAAUUGAGGAAUUUGUAAAUUAUUCCAUUCUCUUGUCGCAUAAAACUGUAUUUGAAACCGUCUUUAAAAAGGAGGUGGUUCUCAAUAGUUAUAUACAGUUUUGUUUAGCAGAGAAAAACGUUUGUUGAAUCUAUUGUUGUCACAAUCACUGGUAAAUUAAGUAUUUAAUGUGAGGUUCUAAUGGGGAAAUAAGAUCAAGAAAAUUAACGUUUAUGAAAUUAGAGAGUUGUGUUGACAGUUACAAAAAAGAAAUUUUUCAUAAAUAUUUCCAUCAAUAUUAUAGUCUCUUGUGUUAUUUUUAUAUAAUCUUAAUUCCUAUGUUUACCUGUAUAAAGCAUGAUUUUUUUCCACCUACGAGACUGCUUUUUGUGGUAUGAAAUGUUAUUCUUGGAUUAAAGAAGUACCUUCUGUUUUAUUAAUUUGAUUAGGACUUAAGUCUUUUGACGAAAACGUGUGAUAGAUAAAUGAUUUUAAAACUGUUCUGUCCUUAUUUAUCAAUGAAAUAAAUUUGUUCUUAAUACCAAUCUA